CUCGGAUAUCGGACGUUCAAAGACCCAGUCUCUUGAUGUGCACCCAAAUCCAAGCUCGCUCAGUUUUGAUGAGUCACGGCUAGCUCCCAUCGCGUCUGAGUUCCGGACUUGUCAGUCAAACGGAAGCUUCAUUUGCACCGCUUUGCCCAUUGAUGCCAACAAUUCCCAGGCGGCGCUUGAAUUAAUUGGACUACACGAACGAACACGUCUACGUUUAUGCGUUCGUUCACUAAGUCUCCGAACCGGAGCCAGACACCGAUUUUCAUCUAAACUUGACCGUGGUCAGUCACUUCAUUCUCCAACUAGCUUGUCUGCCUCUCCUGGGUCAUCGUUUUAUUCACCGCGAGGCACCCCCUCACCCCAUACGGAAGACCGAACACAGAGGCGAAGUCGCUCCCUCUUUCGAUCGGAUUUGGAACGACUAAACAAGGGUUCGGAUUCAUCCGCCUCAGCUCCUAAAACAUCGAGGUUCAGUUCCGAUGCACACCCCUCGCGUCUCACAUCUUCUAGGUCCGCUAUUUGUCCUUCUCGGGAGCUUCAUGCUCGCCAAGGUGGAUUACGUUCAUUGUUGGCCACUGAAGUGGCUCCGUACGAUCAGGGCGGACCGACUACACUGCGUCCGAGGCUAUCGAGCUCGAUUCACUCUGGAUACCGGGGUUCCAAACCUGCUUUGACGUCAUCCAUGAGACUAGUGUCGUCAAGUUCGUCCAUCAAUUUGCAGCCUACUCUUCAUCGCGCCGUAUCUCUCGGUGCCAGGGACUCGAGGCUUCAGGAUGCUUGUGGACGGCCUUCAAUUUCACUGAACUCCGGCGCUACGAGUACCAAGAAUCUGGAAGAACCGUCACUCUUUGGGCACUUCACAGCCUCCCCAUCACCUGUCCCUAGUCCCUCCACCACUCCAGCUUGUUAUCCUGCGGAUGUGACUCGUGACACGUCACCAAUGUAUUUCCAAGGCCCCAGUCCGACCUUACAAAAGCACCUGUCUCAGUCGUCUGAAAGACAGCAUAGUCCAUUUUCCGUCUCCUCCUACCACACGCGCGCUCGCACAACCCACCACGCAGACUCGCACUUCAAUCACCGAGCGGCCAUAUCGAGGCACAAGACGUUGGCGUUUCGACGGCAAAAUGCUUACAAUCCCCAGGCUUCACCUUCGCUUGUUGGAGGUCGUUCAACUUCGAGCAACCUGCUACGUAUGAAACGUAAUUCCAUCGGGCUAUCCGCUCCGGAUUUGGUCGCACUCUGGCGCGAUUCCGGUGCCCCUGUCAGUUCCACCCCGCAUUCCAUUGCCAGUUCCUGUACACGUAGCGUCCCCUUGGAUUCCUCUCCACUUCCUGACGCUGACAUCCCGACCACGAUAGCCGGUUCCUCCGAUCCAUACUCACAUGCCGCUUCCGUGUCGAAUCAAGAUAUCCCUGUGUGUCGGUCCGGGUCUUGUGCAGUGCACCAAGCUCUUCACAUCUCCACCUCUUCUGCUGCCGCUCCCAAUUCUCCCCAUAUGACUCCGAGCCCAGUGGCGAGAACCAGACCAUCCAUUCGGUUCCCAAUGCAAGGGCGUACCCUUCUCCUAGCUGGUUUGGGAAGUGAUAGUGGUGGUAGCAGCGGUUGUAUGGGCGACCACAGUGCUUCCAGUGCAGCGCAUUCUCCUGGCUUGGAUAGCCCUGUUUCUCCUGCGGUCUGCAGCACUCACUCUGCCUACUACCACCUGACAAACACGUGCUCGGCGAGUCAUUCGAAACCGGAGCCCGGCACAUGCGAAUCUUAUGCAAUGCGGCCCAACGCCACAUCCAAACAAUUCCCAUCAGGCGAUACACCAACAGAUGCAUCUGGUCUCGACACUUUGAAUUCGUCCGGGGACAUCCAGUCCGCGACCUUUGCGGACACAUGCACAACGCGGCGUGUUUCGAAUGAGGCGGCCAGAGAAACUCAUCGUGAGGCCACCUUCGCAGAGAAGCGUCAUGUGGGUCUGCGUCUUCGUCUGGAUAACAAACUUUUGAUGGAACAUAGACGUUGGUCUUUGGCCUCCCUUCCAUCUUCGGGUUAUGGCACCAAUACACCCGGAAGCGGCAGCAAUAUGUCUCGAAGUCGUUGUUCGUCGAAGGAGAACAUGUUUCAUCCGACCACUAUGAGUUCCACCACCACCACCGCCUCCGUGCCACCAUGCGCUACCAACUCUCCCAUUGUUUCCCGGUCGUCCGACGCCAACUCGUCACCAGUCGGCAUGGAUUCAAUGAACAAGAUCAGCAGAUGUUCCUCAUUCAAGUCGUUUGUGGAUAGACAGGAGGUGCCUGCUUCGGAUGUCACACAUUCUCCUCCCUCUUCAUUGCCCUAAUCGGGUUCUGAUCACUCCAAUGGGUCAUUUCUGAGGACAACAACG